AUGGUCAGCUCCUGUUGUGGCUCUGUCUGCUCUGAGGAGGGCUGUGGCCAAGGCUGCUGCCAGCCCAGCUGCUGCCAGACUACCUGCUGUAGGACCACCUGCUGCAGGCCCAGCUGCUGUGUGUCCAGCUGCUGCAGGCCCCAGUGCUGCCAAUCUGUGUGCUGCCAGCCCACCUGUUGCCGCCCCAGCUGCUGUGUGUCCAGCUGCUGCCGCCCCAGCUGCUGUGUGUCUAGCUGCUGCAGGCCCAGCUGCUGCAGGCCCCAGUGCUGUCAGUCUGUGUGCUGUCAGCCUACCUGCUGCAGGCCCAGCUGCUGCCGUCCCAGCUGCUGCAUCUCCAGCUGCUGCCAACCCUCCUGUGGUGGUUCCAGCUGCUGCCGCCCCUGCUGCCGUCCCUGCUGCUGUCUGAGACCAGUCUGUGGUCAGGUCGGCUGCCAAACCACUUGCUACAGCCCCACCUGUGUUAUCUCCACCUGCCCCCGCCCCAUGUGCUGUGCCACCCCCUGCUGCUGA